ACUAAGAGCUGAGCGCUGGAGCACUUCUUCGUCAGACAAACAAUUGAAUAGUAGAAAUGAUUGAAUGCCAAGACCCUCGAUGCACCAUUAUUUAAGUUCUACCGAUCCGUAUGUACCGUGUUUUUUGUGUAACCUAUUACUGAGACUGUAUGAUCUUCGUUCGUUUGGGUCGACCAUCAGUGAAUCGGUGAGUUCAGGUGAUCAUUAUCGUGAUGCUGACAAUAUAUUCUUCUCACCGGUUCUCUGAUGUCAGGUAUAUAAUAUGUGUUGCAUCUCCUUGUCAGUAUGGGAAGUGCAUUAAUCCUUCUUCACUCUUUCAUUUGACUUCAUGGCCUCAUUCUAUUCCACUGAGCUUUAUGUGAUUGCUGACCCAAGAACGCUCCCCGAAGAACACCUCCCCGAAGCCCUUCGUCGCAUGUCCCUCUUAACGAGGGUACUCUGUUUUUUGGCCCUUGGACGUCCAGAUCUCGAAGAUCAUUGGAAGUCGCUGCAAUCAGACCAAGCUUUCGAAAUCGUUAGGAGCCGCUUAUGCUCUAUCCUAGACAGCACUAUCACCACAGCAGGCAUCCUCCUCGCUAUAAGUGGUGUUUUCGUCACUACCGGCCCUACUGUACCAUACUUCGACUAUACAUCACCCGUUCCUCAUUGUCUGUUCUUUAUGUCGCUCAUGCUCGCUAUGAUCGCGAUGUUGACAUCUGGCUCGAGCAUGAUACAUUGGCUACACUCCGAUCGGCACUGGACUCAAGAACAACUUAAGCCAGGCGGCUACUUCGUCAUGUCGUACCUGUUGUCAAUAGUUACCCCUAUAUUUUUCGUUGCCUGGUCCCUACAUUGUUUCAUAUUUGCAAUGGUGAUAGCAGGCUUUUGCUCCCAGAGCGCGAUCUGUCGCGUAGUCACUGCAUUCUUGCUUGUUUUGUAUGUCAUCAAUAUCGGAACGAUGUUCAUUCAAUCUAUGUGGAAGUAUGCGACAACAUCUUCAUCGUCAGACUAGGGAACGCUACUCAAAGUGUGCUACGACAGCCAACUUAACUCGUACUACUUAGCGGCUGUGAUGAAGUCUCA